UGGGAGGACAAGAUGGCGGUCGAUACAGAGAUCUAGAUAAAGAGAAUAUGUAGUAGAUUUGAAAAGCUUUAGGACCUGUUUUAACCAAUUACUUGAGUGAUUUCAUAUAGUAUAUGAAGCCUCCACUGUAUGGAUAUGGAUUCGAGAGCUGCAAAUAACUCGACACCUUCGGGAAAUUCAGUGAAUCCUAACGCUUUAGAACCUUUGCUAACCCUUGCACUGGGCGCCUCUGAAGAAGUAAAUACGACUGCUAGAUCCAAAGAUAAAUCAGAGAAAAACUCCUACAUGCUACGAAGUAAAAGUUCUAAAACUAAAGAGAGUUAUAUGGAGAACUCAAGUCAAGGGAUCUUACAGACAACACCACUUAACACUCCUAUUACUAACUSUUCACAAUCAUCAUCUCAUCAAUCACCUAGCAAAGAAAAUGAAAUAUCUGAGCGUGUGGUUUCUGCUAACGACACUGAUCUUACUCAAGUCUUACUGCCAGAACAUUUGAACCUUAUCCAAGUACAAACAGUGAGUGAGUCAACCAAUAGCAAUGCAGAAGGAGCAGAGGCAGUCGCUUUACCUGCUGGCCUUGUAAUGAUUGAGCAGGCAGUCCUGGAACAGAUCAAUGGAAUCCUUAGAAAUGCUGGUACCGUUACUAAUGAUAMCAUCCAAAAGAUAAUCACAAGUGCAAUGACACCUAGUGUUCAAAUUACAUCAUCAAUACAGGAUCAACAAACACUAAUACAAAGUAAUACCAAUGUAUCAACAUCUGAAGCUGAAGAGCCUGUGUUAACCACUGAUGAGGAUGAAUGGAUAGACACAAAAGCUACGGCAUUGCAGUUGACAGAUGAGCUUAGGAGAUAUCAUAUCCCACAAGCUGUGUUUGCUAGGAAAGUCUUAAAUAGAUCACAGGGUACUUUAAGUGAUCUUUUGAGAAAGCCAAAACCCUGGAACGAGAUGCGUUUAGGAAAAGAAAUAUUUAGAAAAAUGAAAGAAUGGCUCAGCUUACCAGAAGUCAAAAGAAUUCCCCAGCUACGUAUGGAGGCCGCUAAAGAUUUAGACACUCGUUCCAAGAGACACAUAUCGGACUCUGAAGACAUCAGACAAGAAGGGACAGUACCAAAGAAAGUGCGUCGACAGUUCACAGAGYCACAGAAAAGGGCACUUUUUGCCAUAUUUAAGGAAACAAAGAAACCAACAAAGGAAAUGCAGAAAGCUCUGGCAGAAGAACUGGGGUUGGACAUUAAUACGGUAGCCAACUUUUUUAUGAAUGCUAGACGUCGGUAUGUAUCAGAGUAGAAUCAUAUCUCUAUAUAAAAGGAUUAGUAAGUUAUCAAAUCUGUACCAAUUACUAUAGUUUAACCAAAUACUGUAGAUACUUGUAUGUACUGUGUACUGAGGGUUCAGGAAAAUCCCAGAAAUUGAGCAGAUUUUACAGUGAACUCAGAAAACAUGUCAUGUACAGUAUUAUUAGUUACAGGCCAUGCCAUUAGGUAAGACCUGGAUUGGACAUUUCUUGUGCUAUCAGGAACCCAGGAGUAAAAUUCUGUCACUUUUUUCUCAAUCCCAGAAAAAWUGGGAAUAAGAAGUGAGCAACAGGAUUUUACCCCUAGGCUGCCGAGGAUGCAGACACUGUAGAACACACAGUACCAGGUAUUUUAAAUAGGGAAAAAGUUGUCAUGACUUUUUUUAAAUAUUCAAACAUUGAUUAUAAGGACGAUCAUUAACUGACCUUGUGUGAAAUACAUUAUGACAUUAUGAUACAGCUUUCAYCAUAAAAGUUAUUGAUUUGAAGGUCUAAAGAUAUAAUAUAAAACCUGUCAUCUUUUUAACAAUAGUUUGAUAGAUCAUUUACACUUACAAGUCACAUGACCCUAACCCCUUAAACCAGUAUCCUCUAUAAACCAUUGUACCAGUUGUGUCUAAAUGAAUAGAAAUGCAGCCUUGAUGUCUGUUUUUAUUGGCAAUUGUAUAUGAAUAUSGGCUGGACAGCAAGCUCUGGCUAGCCGGCAUACAGCCCAAUGUAAAGUCAGGUUACUUGCAAAGUAGCUCUCGCCUUCUAGAAAAUCUUCUUUCAUAUCCUAAUAAAAUGAGACAUAUAGGUAGGUGUUUUCUUACUAAGAUCAAGGCACUCUUUCCAUUUCUAGGAUUCAUUUUGCCACAACUGCCUCAUUUAUAGAGGGUAGGGUCACUAGACCUAUUAGUGUGAACGGCCUAUCGCUUCUGAAAAGCUGAAAUGCAAGGAUCAUAAGUCGAAGUAGGUUGACAUUCAGUUUUCUUCAGAAACAAUUUGGAACAUUAUACAAGUGUGCUUUUACUUUGUAUCACUUAUGUCUUUUUGACAGGAGUGAAUCCAAAGGAUUACCCCUUUUCACAUUAACAGCUUGUUUUUAAUUUGUUUUUGUGUUUAGUGGGAUUAAUGGGAAAAUCUUGAUGAUGCCCUCUGUUAUAUGACAAGCUCCUUGAACCGAUCAACAUCAAAUAAGACUUGGGUGGGAAUACACAUUUUCAGAAAAUUUCUAAACAAUUAUAUCUGUACAAUAAAAAGGAAAAAUUUCUGCACAUCUCAUAUCGUAAUAUGUAUAUAUCGAUAAACAAGUUUCAGAAAUUUCUGAACAUCUGUUGUCGUAAUAUAUAUAUACACCUACUUGCAAGAACGUUGUCAUACGAAAAUAGAACAUUAGUGAUUUAGUGGGAUAGGAAUUAUAUUAAAAAACAAAAGAAGAUCACUGAAGGUGAACUUUUUCUUUCGUCUUUUAAUGUAUUCCUUUCUCACUAAAUUACUAAUGUUCUAUUCUUGUAUGUCAACGUUCUUGCAAGUGGGUGUAUGUGAAACAUUCAACUUUCAGAAAUUUCCCCCUCACCCCACGUUCCCUUUUUUUGUUAGGUCACAUUUUUCUCGCGGGCCCUUGGUCGAAACAGGAACCCCAAAACCGCGAUUCUUCCUCUCAAAUCCAUCAAAAGAACGCCUGCUCUGCAGGCUACAAUGCCAUAUGUCUUGUGCUUCAUUUCCUCUAGAUAUGAUUCAUUGAAGCCUGAUUACAAAACAUAAUACAACACAAAAGCUAAACUAAAUUAACUUAUUAUGCUAUUGAUAGUGCUAAUAUUACUAACCUUUGAACAUGUUUCACUGUCUACUCUCUCAGCUACUAUCUAUCAUAUAUCAUAUACUUUAUAUUUAAAAUAAAAACUUACAAAUACA